AAGGCACCAAGGAAGGUGUGUUUAUUAUAGUGGAGUUGAAAAGGCGUUGAUCACGGCGUUAAUCAACUACCGCUCCGUCUCUAAAAUUAUUACAUUCCUUUUCCCUUUUUUUUUAAGAUCUCAAAAUCCAAAUAAUAUGCAAUCAAUAGUUUCUUCUUACCAUCUCUGUCUUCCUCCUCCUCCUCCUGUCCUUCGCCACCGUCUUAUCUGCCAGAGUCUUCCUCCGAUCCGCCUCCCAAGCCGUCGUUCUCCCACCUCCCUCCGCCUCUUCCCCUGUGCAGCAGUGAGUCGGGAGAGUGAAAUGGCAGCAGCAGCUAAAGAAGAUGGACAAGAUCCGAGAAUCCCUAAGAUCGCCUCUUCCAUUAGAGUCAUCCCCGACUUCCCUAAACCAGGGAUCAUGUUUCAGGACAUAACGACGCUGCUUCUGGACACUGAGGCGUUUAAGGACACCAUUGAUAUUUUUGUUGAAAGAUACAAAGGCAAAGGCAUCUCUGUUGUUGCUGGUGUUGAAGCAAGAGGUUUCAUUUUUGGACCUCCUAUUGCGUUGGCUAUUGGUGCCAAAUUUGUUCCCAUGAGGAAGCCCAAGAAGCUGCCUGGGAAGGUUAUAUCAGAGGAGUAUUCGUUAGAGUAUGGAACAGAUAAGAUAGAGAUGCAUGUAGGUGCAGUAGAGCCUGGUGAGCGUGCUAUCAUCAUAGAUGACCUCAUUGCCACUGGUGGCACUCUCGCUGCUGCAAUCCGUCUACUUGAGCGAGUAGGAGUGAAGAUAGUGGAGUGUGCAUGCGUGAUUGAGUUACCAGAGCUUAAUGGAAGGGAGAAACUAGGAGAGGCGCCACUUUUUAUUCUUGUCACCUCGGAUGCUGCUUAACAAGAAAGAAACCCGUAAAAGGAAAACUGGGGUGGUUUAUUGGGAUGAUAUCAAAAUGUUAUUUUUCUUUGUGUUCCUUUGGGAUUUGAUGAUCACUUUCUUCCUGUUUUCAACUUAUAUCAUAACUGGCUCGGACCAUAAAAAUUUGUGGCAGGAUUUGAUUA